UACGCGCAGCCCGAGUUCUCCCUCGAUCCUGGGCGUCGGACCAAGCUCGGUCAACGGCCCCCCCUGCAGGCCGGCGCUGGCGGAAGUGGGGGACUGGAAGUUGCGUGAAUCUCCGGCGCCGACUCGGUGCGUCCUGAGAGGCCUUGCGGAGCCCGCAGUGGUACUAUGGCUUCCAGUGGCGUCGGCGUGAGCGCUGCCGGCUCGGCGAAUGCGACUCCCGAAAUUCCGGACAGCGUGGGAGACUGGCUUCGGGGCGUCUACCGCUUCGCCACCGACAGGAAUGAUUUCCGGAGGAACUUGAUCCUCAAUUUGGGACUUUUUGCUGCAGGAGUUUGGCUGGCCAGGAAUUUGAGUGACAUUGACCUGAUGGCACCUCAGCCAGGGGUGUAGCCAGAUAGACACAUGGAACCCCUGUGCUGUACUUGAACCUUCCAAAAACAGAUCGUCCAAUCUGUGACCAUCACAAGACUUGCCCUGAUGGCAGCUGAAGUUUGAUUCAGAGGGGCACCAUCUGUUCCCUGCCUGAUUUCCUUUUCUUCACUGGGUCCACUCAGAACUCCAUUCUCUGGUCAGCAGUCAGGCUUCAGCUAAAGUUCUGUUCUGAAAAGUUCUGUUCCUAAGUUUCUGCAGGGGGUGAUCUUUUUGCUCUUGUCUUAGGGCAUAACCUAAUGGUAUUUUAAUAAAUAUUUGAAAUAAAGACUGCACACAAAGACA